AUGAGCAUUUCAUUUGUUGCAUAACAAUCUUGUAAAAAAGGUGUCGAACAUAUAAAAAUUGCUGCACUUAAAAUAGCAUUCAGAAUAAUAAAACAAAAUAACACACAUUAAAUGGAUUUGAAUAGAUCCCCGACAUUAAUAUAAGCGAUUAGCUCAUAUCCUGGGAAAUAAUCAAAUCAGGAAGCUUAAAUAUAAUAAAGAGAAGAUUUUGAAUAAGAGUCUAAAAAAUCAAAAUAAUUGACAUUUCUUUAAACAAAAGUAAGAUCAUCAACAACUCCUUAAUAAGUAUAAAUAAAGAUUCGAAAUAGGAUAUUUUAAGAUAAUAAGAAAAUGAUGAGAUUUUAGACAAUGACGUAUCAGUGAAUUAAUCUGUAUAGAAAGAAGUAACAAAAUUAAAAAAGAAAUCAUUUAUUUAAAAUAGAGAUCCAUAAUAAGAGUUUUAAAGUCAUAGAUAAUCAGAGCAUCCAUUUCUAAAAUUUGGUGAUGUAUUUGUAAUAAAAACAAAUGUAACAAUGUCUGGCAAGUAAUCAGAUGUACUGUUUCAUGAAUUGAUAUUAAUAGGGAAUUUAAAAUAUUCUGGUUCUAUAAAUUGUGUAAAUAUGUCAAAUCAAGUAAUAAAUAAUCCAUAUUCUCAUUAACAAAAAUGUUUUUUUACAAUUCGAAAUCCAAGAACAAUAAAAAAUGAUUAAAGUCAUAUUUGUUAUGGUUAGAGGAUAGUAUUAGUGAAUAUAAAGUCAAAAUUAAGUGUGAUGAUUAACUUGGAUAUGCCAUCUUAAGAAAGAGGGUCAUUUUCAGUUAAUCUAUCAUCUCAAAUAGGACAUUAGAAUAUUUUGAGAAUAAUGCCAAGUUCAAGUGCAAAGAGAGUAGGAGAUAAAAUUUAAUAUAAUGAUUAAUUAUACUUUUAAUAAGAUUCAAAUAGGUAAUAUUAUUUAAAAUUGGAGAAGGAUGAAUCGAGAUAUUCAAGCAAUAAAUUUAUUGAUAUCAAUGCAAGUGAUUGUCCUGAUAGUUUUCAUCUUCAUAAAGUAAAGCAUUAUCAAAACAAUAUUGUUUAAAUAAUUCACUAGCAAUCAUAAAUAGCUGUUGGAACAAGUGAAAAAUAGCUCUAAUCAUUUAUAGCAAAUAAGACUGCUUUAAUUACAAGUGGAACUAAUGAUUAGUAAUAAUCAUAAUAGGAAUCAUUUGCAUUAAGAACCCUUGAUCUUAACAAAUAUUUAGUAUAAGAGUAUGAAGCGUUAUCAAGCAAUUUACUUAAUUCUUAUACAUAUUUUGAAAUUUAGCCAAUUUAUCCAUUUACUGAAUAAUUGGAAUAACCAAAUGCUUGCAAACUAAAAUCUCUUUUCACUUAAUAAUAUUUAAGUGUAGACCCUAAUGAUGAGAAAAGAUUAAAGCUGACUUCGGGAUAUGUUUAAGAUGAUUAUAGCGUAUUUUACAUAAAUCCUGAAUAAACUGGUUAAUAAGAGUCUAAUGAAUAAAUAGUUAGUAUUUAAAGUGGUUUAGGAACUUAUUUAAGCUUAACUUAGAAUGCCAAAUUUUAAUUUUAAUAAGUUUCCACUGAUCAAUCUCCUCAAUUAUUUUCAGUUAAAUCUAUUGAUCUUUAAUCAUAAAAUAUUUUGGAGGACUUUAAUGAAAUUUAAAUGAGAAUCCUCAAUUUUCAUGUUUAUUUAUAAUAAUGGUCAAUUGUGUAAGAUAAACGUAAAUAAAAUGAUGACAUUGUUUUAUUUGACUACUUAAAAUCCUUAUCAUAGAAACCAUAAUUAGAACAAGAAGUAUAUCAUUUGCAGUUAUAAUUGGAUAAUCUUAAUAGUCAUUUGACAAUAAAACCAAAUUAACAUGAAUUAAACAAUAACACCUAAAUAAAUUAUGCUCAAAAAUAAAAAGUUAUAAGAGAAUAAAAAAUACUAGAACUUUUAUUCUCCUUAUUAAAAUUAAUAGACAAUAUAGUUUUUACAUCCUAAAAGGUUUUUCGAGAAAAAGAUAGAAGUCGUCUUUAUAAAACAGACCGCCCACUUCCAUCACAAUAAUCAGCAGUAAUAUAUAUUUAAUUUCUAAUAGUCAUAUAUUGCAUUCAAAAUUUUAGCAUCUAUGCCAAUUUAAAUAUAUAGAAUAAUAUUGUUAUCAAUUAAGAAUAACUAAAUCAAUAGAAGAAUAGCAUUAGAUAAUGACGAAUUCUUAUGCUAAUAAAUCAGAAGUUAUGGUCCAUAAGUGGCUGCUAUAUUAAGAGAGGCAGUUAGAGAUUAGCCAAACAUUGAUUUAGCCGAUUGGGUUAAAUUGUUAGAACCACUUAAUGAAAUUGGAAAUAAUAUAUAUGACAUGACAAUAUACUUAAAAAUUAUUUCAAUAGCUAUGGUUGAUUCAAAUAAUCAAGGAAUAAUUCGGUAUUAAAAGAAAGUAUGCAAAGAAUUAUUUUCAUAAGGAAAAAGUGGAAAAACUAAAUUUCUAUGUUAAUUUAAUAUCACUCAUUCAAAACCGACAUUUACUCUUUUCAGAGAAGAAGCCUUAGCUGAUUUUCUGAUAAAAAAUCCAUCAUUAUCCUAAUUGCACUUAAUUCGUCCUACUGAAAAUAUCGAAUUUGAAGUAUUCUCUUUAGAAGAAUUAGGUGAAAAAAUUCUCUAUAAAAAAUCAUUAUUAUAAUUUCUCAGUUACUUGACAUCAUGUGUAAAUCUUUUGGCUCAUUUAUGUAAGGGUAGGAAUAAAAAAUGUAUGAAAAAAGUUAAAUAACUUGGUAUAUCAUCCAAUCAUAUCUAACAUGUUAUAAAAUCCACUUUAAUACCAUUAUCAAUGAAAAAUAGUUAUCUAAAACUUUAUGAAGUUUUAUAUAUAGAUAUAGAUCCAUUUCUACCAAUAGAUUCUUAAACUUGUUUUAUAUGGGGAUAACUCCAGAUGGAAAAAGAUAAAAAGAUAGCCUAAAUCUUUAACCAUUAAGUUGAACCUACAGAGGUAGAAAGGAUUAUUAAGGAAUUUGAAGAUAAAAUGUUACCUUUACUUUUUGAAUAAUUAACUGUAGGGCAAAGCUUUUAAGAAGGAUUGAUUUAGGUUAAGAAAAAGAAAUUAUAUAUUCGAUUACCUUCAAUAAAUUCUAAUUCAGUUUCUAAUGAAAAAGUUGAACAGAAAAGCAAACUUUCAUAAAAAAUUAAAUUUUUAACAACUCUCUAUCAUUUAAUAUAUAAAAUCAUCUAAUUUGGAUAUUUGACUGAAGAACAAAUUUGUAAUAUUGUAAAACCAAUGUUAUAAAUUUUUGUACCAUUUUUAUCUUUAAAGGAAAAAUUGGCUUUGGAAGUAAAGGAGAAUUGGUUAAAUGAAUUAAUAAGUUCUGCACGUUCAUUAUAAUAAUAAGGGUUAGUAGAUUUAAUUGACGAACUAUUUUUUAAUGCUGGACUUUUGUUUAAAUAGUAUUUUAUAAUUUAAUUGAAUGUGUAAAUUCAAGAAUUUAUUAAGCAUUUUUAAAGAUCUCAUUAAACUUAUUGUCUCUAAUCUUUGGAUAAACUUAUAUUUGAAGUAAAAGAUAUAAUAAGCAGGAUGUAAUUAGGAGAAAGUAAAAAUUUGAUUUUAGGUUCUUUAUUGGGAUUUUAUUUUUCAAAUUUUUUAUUUUAAAGCAAAGGAUUUAAAAUAUGUUAUGAAGCAUUAAACUAAGGAGUUAAUCAAUAAUGGAUUUAAAAAUUGAAAUAAGUUGAAAUAAUCUUAGAAGGCGAAGAAACUGAAUUGUAUUAAUAAUUAACAGGGAAUUCAUAAAGUGAAUCAAUAUUUUCCCCAACUAAAUUAGAAUUAUUGAUUUAACAAUUAGAGGAUUCAUAAAAAAAAAUUUAGGAGGGAGGAGUUUAAUAAAAGGAGGAUAAAAAUUAGGAAAUUGAUACUCUCUUAAACAAAUUAGUAAAUAGAAUAAAAGAAUUUAAAAUGGAUCAAUUUUAAUUAAAAAAAACUUAGAAUAUUUUAAGAAAUUUGGGAGUACAUAAAUAAAUUCUUAGAUUGAUUAAAGUGUUUAGGGAAUUUAAUCCUACAUAAUAAAUAUGUAUAAAAUUAUUGUGCUUAUUUUUAAUUAAUAAUACACUUAAUUGCGAAGAAAUUUAGGAUGAUAUUUUUAUUAUAAUAAAAUUAGGAGCAAAUAAUAUUAAAGUUUCUAAAUUAGUUGGAGUAUUUUGUUAAAGUUUGGUUGAUAAAUAAAGUUUAAUUUAAUAAUUAAUUAAAUGCAUAUUUAGUACAAUGUAUGAAUAUAAAUCAAGUUGCCAAUAAUUUUAUUAUGCUAUGUUAUCUAUUUUAUAAAAUAAAUAAAUUACAACAGAAAGAUUAAAUAUUAUCAAGAGGGAAAUAUUAAGCAAUUUAUUUAAAGUACCAAACUUCAUUAAUGAACUGUAAUAUUAUAAACAAUUUAAUGAGAUUAAGAAUUAAAUAGAUGAAUAAUAAUUUUAUAAAGUAGAUUUUUAAAUAUUCUCAGCAUCAAAUUCAUUAACAGCAUAAGUGAUUAAAGAUUAUCCAUUAGGUGUUCAAUAAAUCUAAGGAAUUUUAUUUACUGAAUAAAUUAAUUAAAUGAUACAUAAUCCAGGAACUUCUUAUUUAAUGAAAUCAGAACUAAUUAAAUUAGUUUAUGCUACAUAAAUUCAAACAAAUCAUACUUUUACUAUGUAAGAUAUGAGAGAACUAUUAUUGCUAAUAUUAAAUGAUUUAUUGGCUUUUCCUAAAUAUCUAGAUGGAUUGGCUAAGACAUUUGAAUAAAAUUCUUAAGAGGAUAAGGAAUAUAUGAGAUAAGAUAUAUUCUAAAUAGAAUAUAUGAAAGAUAAAUUAUUUUAGGAUACAGAGGAGAAAAAAAAGAAUUUAUUAAAUUCAAGUCUAGGAUUAACAAAUCAAAAUACUGCUGCUUAAUUAUAAUAAUAAUAAAUUAAUGAACUAAAGAGAAUUGUAAAUGAUUAUACUGAAUAUUGGAGAUAUAUAUUAGCAAUUUCUAAUUGGUAGAAUAUAUAAUUUGGUGUAUUAACAUUACUCUAAUAAUUAUUUAAUGAAAUUCAAAUCAGAAAGUGGAAUAUAUCUGAAAAUUAACUUAAUUAAUAAGCCUUUCAAAGUGAGUAAAUGAAUUAGGUUGUGGAAGAUUCUCUUUAUGAACCAUUGGCAUUAAUUAAACUAAUAUUAGAAAGUAUCAGAUAAACCUUAGUUUUAAUUGAAAUUAAGCUACUAACACCAAAAUUUAGAGUGUAUUUGGCUUAGAUCUAAUAUUUUAUAUCAAAAUGUUUAACAUAAUGUCCCCUAGAUUCAAAUCUAAAGCACUUUAAAACUAUCAAGUAUGCUCAAGAACAUAAGACUUAAAGGGCAAUAAAAAUGUAAAUAAAGGAAUAUAAACAAAAAAUUAAUCAGAAAUUUUCAUAAGAUGAUAUAAAAAAAAAUUUUAAUUAAUUAUAUGAGAAAUUGAGGAGAUAUAUGAUGGACAAACAUUUAACUAUUAGUGAGAUGAUGGAUAAGAUUAAAGGUGAAUUUUCAUUUCAUUAAGAUUUUCAGAUUUAGGAAGGAGAAUAUAGUAUUGAUAAUAAUGAUAAAUUAAUUAGUAGAGACAAGUUUUGUAGUUUGUUCAAUAAUAUUUUGGAUGAGCAUUUUGCAAUGUUAAUUAAACUGAAAUAAUUAAAAGUCUUACCUGAAUUAGAUCAGUAUUUAACUUAUCAAGAUGUAGUCAUAUAUUAUGAAGCUUACAUUUAAACUAAAGAGACAUCAAAGAAUUUGCUUGAUUUAAGUAGAUAUAAUUAUUUAUUUAUUAGAUAAAUUCUAUUAAUUAUUGACUAACUAUUUUGAUAGCCAAAAAGCAAAAUUUAAUAAAUAAGAAUUAAAGGAAAGCUAAAGAAAAUAAACAUCUUAAUAAUCAUUUUAUUAAUAAAAAUCUAUAUUCAUUCAAUAAACAUUUAAUUAAUUUAUUUACUAAUUUGAUUUAUUGAUCAAUCCAGAUAAUGUAUAUAAUUUUUAUAGAUUGGAUAAAUUAUUAUUUGAGGAUUUAUAGGAGUAAUUUCUACUUAAACUUUAAAGUGAUGAAGAAGUAAUAUAUACAUUCUCAAGGUUGUUAAAAGAAGAAGCUAACUAAGAUAAAUUUCUAGCAUUACAUAUCUUGAAUGAAGUAUUGUAAAAAGAAUAGAAUAUAAUAGAAAAAGAAAAACUUAUUCAUUUUGCAUUAAAACAAAUUCCAUUUCUAAUGAUAUAUUUAGAAGAAAAUGAUAAUGAAUAUGCAUUGCAUUGCAUUAGAAAAGUUCAAUUAACUUUGUCAAUAUUUGAAUAAAUUUAAAAAAUGGAUGAAGGACAAUUAGGAAAUAUGUUUUCAAAUGAAUGUUGUUAAUCGUUUAAUAAAUUCAUCUCAAGAGCAUUCAAUCAGGUUGAUAGAUUAUUAAGUUUAGAGCAACAUUCAAAAUAAGUUACCAAAACAGAUUAAAAAGGGUUUUUUAUUAGUAGAGUUGAUAUUUAAAAUGAAAGAAAUUAUUUACUUGCAUAGUUUUUUAAAAUUAUCAUUUCAAUCUUAAGAUUUAUUGGAAAAUUAAUCUAAGAUAUUGAUAGAAGUAGCCAGUUUUGUGAUUCAAAUAAUUAAUAAGCUUUAAUAGAGGAGGUUCUAUAUUUUACAUCAAAUUAUUACAAUUAUAUAAAUAGAUCAUAAUUAACACAUAUCUGUACAGAAAUGGACAUACUUACAUUAUAUUCAGAAUGUCUAAAAUGUUUGAAUAACUUUUGUGAAGGAAAUCCAUAAAAUUAAUACCUUGUUUUUAGUCAUAAGCCAUUGAUUUCAAUCAUCUAAUUUAUAAUAACAACUUAGAAAUACGAUAUUCUAGCAGAUAACUUAUAGGAUAAUACUUUUAGAGUAUUAUUUAAAGCAACUAUUUAAUUACUUUUGUAAGUAAAAUUAGAAGUUCAUUAAAAUUAUACGGACUUGAAUUUUUAAAUGUUAUUUGAGAAAUUAUUAAAAAUAUAUGAAUAAUUUGCUCCAAGACUUCAGAUAAUUAUGUAAGGAUAAAAAUGUAAUCAUGUAGAUAAUAUUAAUUGUACUUAUUUAAAAUGUUAGCAAAACUUUAUUGCUAUUGGAGAAAUUGAGGUCUUAAGUAUUUGUUUUGAUUUAAUUAUUUUAUUUAACAUAUUGAGUGAGAACAUUGAGAAUAUAGGAAAUUUUGAUAAAAAGAAAGAUUAUUGGUAGACAUUAAGGGAUAGAGUCAUUGGCGAAUAACCAAAUGAAUUGUCCUUAAACUAAAAAUAAAAUAUAAAUUUUCUAAGAAUUUACAUUAGUAUGAAGCAUUUUGUAAAAUAAUAAGAAUUCAAUUAAAAAAGAGUUGAAUUGUUAAAAGAAUAUUUGAAUUCGAAUGAUUCUAUAAUUGCUUCUUUAGAUAUAAAAGACCUAAAAACAUAACAAAAAAUUAAUGUUAAAAAGAAAUCAACUCCUCUUAAGAGUCCACCUCUAGUGAAUAAAUAAUAUACACUAUUGGGAGAUAAUUAAAGUCCUAAAAGCAAGUUUAAAGAAAGCAUUUAUAAAAUAACAAAUAAAAAGCAAUUUGUUAAAUAAUCCUUAGAUGAAGCAAUUCCAUUUAAAAAGUUUGAUGAAUAAGAUCCGGUAAUUGAAAAUACAGAUAAAAGGGAAAGUAAAAUGGAAUAGAAAUUAGAAGUAAUAGCAAUAAAUUGGUUAGAAGGUGCUCAAUAUAAUAAUCAAAGAGACAAUAUUAAGAAAAAUAUGUGUAUGAAGAUGGCUGAGGCAAUUAAUUUUUUUAGUAAAUAUGUAGGUUAAAUAUAAAUAAGUUAACAUAAUGAGAAUAAGUAGUUAUAUUUCAUUCUACCUUUUUAAUCAUUCUUUUUAUUAUAAUAAACUACUAAAAAGGCUAAGAUGUUAAGAAUGAAAAGAGGUAGGUAUGAAUAAUUGAAAACAAUGUCUGAAUAUUUUUAAAAAGAAGUUGCAUUUCGUUAGAAUAUCUCAAAGUAUCCAAAAUUCAAUUGGUUUUCUAUCAAUAUUCAUUUAUUGAAAAUAUUAAAUUAUUUGAUUGUGCUUACAUUAAAUUUAUGUUAUUUAGGUGAUUUAUAACGUAAGGUAGACAGUUUCUUUUUUAAGAGUUAAACAAUUGAAAUUAUUGUUAUUGUAUUAACUAUAAUUUUGAUAUUGUCAUCUGCUUUUGUACUAAUUAUUGAAAUUAUCAAUCAAUAACCAUAUAUAGCAUUUCGAGUUGAUUAUUAUAGAGAUUAAAAUUAAGAAGAUGUACCUUUAGGGUUAAAAGGGACUGAAAAUCUAAAUUAGAUUUAUCCUGAUCCUUAAAAAUAAAAGAAAACAAAUUUGAAGAGAAAAAUGAAAAUGCAUUAAUACUUAAAUUAAAAUAGAACUUUAGCUUAAAUAACAAAUGUUACAUUCCUCUAUCAUUUAACUUAUUUGAUAUUAGCAGCUUUAUCAUUUAUAGCUUCACCAUUCAUUUCAUUACUAUUAUUUGAUAUAGUUUCAAGAGUGAAUGUAUUUGAUUUUAUUUAUUAUUAUAGAGUUUAAGAAAAGUAUUAUCAUCAGUACUUGUUAAUUUUUGGAAGAUUAUAUUAAUAUUAUAUCUUACUUUGAUUGUGAUUCAUUGUUAUUCAUUUUUAGCAUUUGUUGUUGAAGAUGCUGAAGUUUUUCAUGAAGAAGAUACUGCAAAAUUUACAUUCAUUACAAAAUUUUGGUAGUUUUUUGGAAAUGGCUUUAGAUUAUAAAAUUCCUUUAAUUCAGAAGAUGAAUCUCUUGAUUGGGGUAAUUAUAUAUUUGUUGUAACAUUAUUCAUGUUGAUAUUUAUAUUAUGUUUUGCGUUAAUCAUUAGUAUCAUAAGUGGAUAAUAUUCUCAUAGCAACUCAUUAUCUAAGAAUUAAAAGAAUAAAUCUUGUAAAAUUUGUAAUAUAUCAUAUGAUUAAUGCAGAGAAAAGUAAAUAAAUAUAUUUAAUUUUAGAAAUAUUAGUUGGUAAGAACAUAUUGAAAAAGAACAUAAAUUAUCAUCUUAUUUGUUUUUCUUGAUUUGUUUACAAUAGAAGAGAGAAUUAAAUUAUUUAGAAAGAGAAAUUGCUAAAAAAAUUCAAUAGAAAGAUAUGUCUUGGUUACCAAAAAAUUGA